AUGGCUUGCUUUAGCUCCUUAUGUCCUUGUGGCCUCAAAAUACCUGAGGCAAGGAAGAGCAGAAAGACUACAACUCCCAGGGGGGCGGGCGCGGCGCAUGCGCCCGGCUCGCCCACGUGCCCGCUUGUAGGCGCCAAGGGCGGACUACAUCCCCCGGCGGGCCGAGCGCGGGGCAUGCGCAGUGUGGCGGAGGCGCUGGUCACGUGUGCGGGGGCCGGGAAGAUGGCGGCGGCGUGGCGAUGGGCAGCUGCUGGGAGGGCCCUAAUCCGGGGCCAGGUCUUUGGUGCGACCCUGACCAUCCGCCGGGAGCUGUCGGCCUUUGUCACUGACCAAACAAUCCCUCCCCCAGCCAUGUACGGAGGUCGACACACCGUGACAAUGGUCCCCGGGGACGGCAUUGGGCCUGAACUGAUGCAGCACGUCCAGGCAGUUUUCAGGUGCGCCUGUGUGCCCGUCGACUUUGAGGUGGUCGAUGUCCGACCGUCCCUGAGCAACGAGGCUGACAUCGAGGGGGUGCUCACCGCCAUUCGGAGGAACCGGGUGGCACUGAAAGGUGAGUGGGGCUUUCCCUGGGGAGCGGGCGUGAUGGGGGGGUAG